AUGGAUGACGACAGCCGUAUGAGUGAGACAUCAAGCGCUCGCAAUCGCGGCACGCGGCAUGCGUCAUCGACGGUGGGGGAUAUGGACGGCGCUGGCGAUGUGACUACACUCGGUGGGGCGCAUAUCCGACCGCAGCUACGCUGCAACGCGUGCUGGGAGCCGAUCCUGCCCGACGCGCAAUCUGCUGAGACGUGCUACCGGACGAGCUGCGGGCACUUGUUCUGUGAGAAAUGCGCGUACAAGCACUUUGGACAGGGACGACUGGAGUGUCCUGUCUGUCGAAUCGACUUGAGUCAAGGACGUGGCGGGAUCUCUGAAACAACAAUUCAUGGCAUAGCGGAUGCUAAGGUGCGACAGGCUGAUACUGUACUGAUGCGAUUGAAACUGCUACUAACGAGGUGGUAUUUUAUAUGA